AUGGCGGCUACAAGAAUCGGAGGCGGUUCAGGAUCCAAUACUACUACCACCACGGAGGUGGUCGAGCCCAAAGUAGCAGUUGACACUAAUGGAGAUCUAUUCAAGGUUCCUGAUUAUACAAUUAAGGAGGUUCUAGGUGCUAUUCCUCCAGAAUGUUAUGAGCGGAACUUGGUGGUGUCGAUGUACUACGUUCUUCGGGAUAUCUUUUUCAUGGUUUGCAUCGGGUAUUUGGCACAAGAAGUUUUGUAUGAGAAAUAUAUCAGUGACAGACACAUGGUGGUUCGGUUUUCAUUUUGGUUUUUGUAUACGGUAUUGCAAGGGCUUUUCGGGACAGGCCUUUGGGUUCUAGCCCACGAAUGUGGGCAUGGGGCUUUCAGUGACUACAAAUCGGUGAAUGAUUUCGUUGGUUGGGUUUUGCAUUCGUUUUUGCUUGUUCCUUAUUUUUCGUGGAAAUUCUCGCAUUCAAAGCAUCACAAGGCUACGGGCCACUUGACCAAGGACAUGGUCUUUUUGCCGCCCACAGCGGAAGAGUUCAAGGUGCGCCGUGGGUUUAUGGGUGAUUUGGCAGAACACAGCGGUGAUUCGCCGGUGAGGACGCUACUCGGGUUGAUUGGCCAACAACUGGGUGGCUGGCACGCGUACGUGGUGGCCAAUGUGACGGGCCAGACGUAUCCGAAUGCGUCCAAAUGGACCACUAACCAUUUCUGGCCAUAUUCUCCGUUGUUCGAGGCGAGAGACGCGUUUCACAUUGUUCUCUCCGAUCUCGGCAUUUUGACGCAGUUGUUGGUAUUGCGCGUGUGGUACUUGAACUACGGUGCGUGGUCACUGUUUAUCCAUUGGGUUGGCAUGUGGCUGUGGGUAAAUCACUGGCUUGUUUUCAUUACCUAUUUACAGCACACGGACGUGACUUUGCCCCACUAUGCUUCUAGCGAAUGGACGUUCGCCAAAGGUGCCGCAUGUACCAUUGAUAGGAAAUUUGGCUUUAUCGGGCCAUAUUUUUUCCACGAUAUCAUCGAGACGCAUGUGCUGCACCACUAUUGUUCGAGGAUUCCAUUCUACAAUGCACGCAAGGCUACCGCUGCGAUCCGCAAGGUAAUGGGAGAGCACUACCGCUCCUCAGACGAGAACAUGUGGCUAACGCUUUGGAAAACGGCUCGGUCGUGCCAGUUCGUGGACGACGAAACCACCAAAGGCGUGUACAUGUACAGGAAUGUGAACGGCAAGGGCGUCGGAGCCCGCGUCUCGGGCAAGAAGUACCAAUGA